GACACCUCACUAAAUAUAUUUUCCAAACAUUUUUUAUUUCCAAUAUUUAUUCAGAACUAAUUCAAAAGUAUACCAAUCUCCGUGCUCUGCAGCAUUUAACGGUGUAAAAUUAACAGAGAUAUAGUGCGAUUUCUGGCCCGAAAAUUGUGCUAUAUCACGGGACAGGCCACUGACCACCACAUAGACCGCAAGGGAAUACGGAUAAUGCGGCCACUGUCCCGGAAAAGGCCGCUGGAAAACGAGGCAUGAGACCCGAAUUGCGAACCAGAUGAUAUAGUAGCGUGCCAGCCAGCGAGUGCAAGCGAGAGAAGGCGAGAGGAGCAGAGUGAGAGAGAGAGGAGGACAGAGUAGACACAAAACUUCGGCCCCAAGUUCUCGCCCAUCUUACGGCCGAUUUUACAGCGUAUAUAGCCGCUAUAUAGUCGCCCGAAUGGCGGAGGAGAAUCCCGGAGGUCUUGCCGGCAUCGUGCCCUAUUUGGGAGUGGAUGAGUUGGGCGCAUCGGUAAUUGUGGAGCCGGGAUCGGAAGGAUCCAAUGUCGGAAGCCGGACGCUACCGGCUGCGGCCAUGAAGUUUGCUGAUCUCACCGAGAGCGGCAGUGAGUCGGGAGACAACGAGGCCGAGGAACCCGUAUCCGCUGGCCCGGAUAAUGCCAACGCCAUCGGUGAGGCGGGCACCAGUGCAUCCGCCGCGGAGGAGAACGGAACAGUAGAGCGCACCUCGCCGCCGCCCAAUUGCGCCAUCUGCUUGUCCCGGUGCAGGAGGAAGUGCUUCACGGACUCGUGCAUGCACCAGUUCUGCUUCAAGUGCCUGUGCGAGUGGAGCAAGAUAAAGCCCGAGUGUCCACUGUGUAAGCAGCCCUUCAGGACCAUCAUACACAAUGUCCGCACCCUGGACGACUACGAUCGCUACCCGGUGCAGACCACGUCGCCGGUUCCAACGGAAAAUCCAUCCCUACGUUUCCACAUUGUGAGGCGUCCCAGGUAUAUGCCGCUGGUGCAGAACGAGGCCGUCAUUGUCAACGACAUCGAGGCGGCCAUAGCGGCAGGAGCUGCUGGUGAAGAGGUGCUUCCGGCGGCAGAAGUAGCAGCUGGCAGGCAAUCGUACAGCCGCUUCGAGCCGUAUCGCUCGGAGCUGAUGAAUUACUACCAGCACGACCAGGAUGCAGCCACAUCGGGCUCAUUGAGCCAGCUCUGGCGACGUUAUGUGUACGAUAGAAAGCUGUAUGCUCUGCCCGUCAGCGACAGCGUGACGGGACACUUUCGAGAGUGGAGCGCCCGUUUUUACAGAAACAAUCCUGCUCAGAUUCAUCGCCUGAUGCCUUGGAUUCAUCGCGACAUCAUGUGCCUACUGAGGAAUGCUGCACAUAGCGUGAACACUGUGAUGACGCUGAUGAACGACCUCCUGCCCAUGACCAGCUUACUAGGUCCUACAUUCCGUCGCCGGCUGUCGCCGUAUCUCGGCGAGCGCACCAGUCACUUCAUCCACGAACUGUUUAACUUUGCCCGCUCCCCGUAUGAUAUAAACGGCUACGACCAUGUGGUGCAGUAUUCGGCACGAGUGGCCGAGGAGGUGGAGGUGGAUCUGUUGGACAUGGUGGAGACACAAUCCUCGAACAGUGAUGAUCUGCAUUUGGAGGUUGGAGAUGCGGAUGCUAUAAACCCUGACUUCUCUCCGGACUGGAGCCCCCCUAGGGUACGCCCGUCGACCAGUGUGAUUGUGACCAAUCCUGGUGCCACACAUUCCUUCAGCGUGACAAUGGCCAGUGAUGGCAGUGAGCUGCCGGGGAUUUCCAUACGCCGUACAACCAAUGUUGGCUCCCAAACGGUGGCCAUUAACCUAAGCAUGAGGCGCCCAGCGGCGGUUGCCAGCGAGGAAGCGGAAGUCAUCGAGAUCGACGACGGCGAUGCGGCCGCAAAUGCAGAGGUGGCGGCUAUCAACGAUGGCAGCAACACCAGCAGGAGACACGCAGGUGCUACUCUUCCAGUGAGUGCGCACAUCGAACUCGGGAGCAGCAGCAGUUCCGGCGAUGAGGAUGAGUGCGUCUUUGUGCUGGAGCUGAAGCCACCACACAUGCGCACUCCCGAGCAGGUGAGCCUCGACUCAAAUAGUGACUCCGAUGUGGUGUUCGUAAAUGAGCAACACGAAGCUGCGCCGGCCGCAAUUGCCGAUAACCGGGCGACACAAUCCCCGUUGGAUCCGCCCUCCAGGGAUCAGGGCCUGUUUAUGGGACCCAGCACAAGUGGUGCAGCGGCCAACAGAGGCAAGAACUGGAAGCUGGUCAUGGCGGAGACACGGCGCCUCGAUCAGUUGCGCACGCUGCGCUGUAUACGUUCAAAGAAAUCACGCCAGCGGUCCUCAAUGCCUGCCCGCAGUGACAGUGGCAGCAGCCCCAGCAGCUGCUGCAGCAGCUCCUCCUUUCACUUCAGCAGCAGCAGCGAUGAGGAUAGCAGUGACAGUAGUACCACCACUUCCGAGCCACCCAAAAAAAAACCACGCAAGCGAGUGGCGAAUAAAAAGCGCUCUAAAAACGGGUCAAUUGGGAAAAGGACAUCUCGUAAACGGAAGGCCAAAGACCAGAAUAUUAAACACGAGCAGCUGGCAAUGCUGGAACAGCAGCAGAAGAGCCAACAGAAGCCCCAGCGACAACCGGAAAGCAGCAGUGACAGCUCAAGUUCGUCCGAUGACGAGUCAGGUGGCGAUAGCAGCGAGUCAUCUGGUCAACCCAACACGAACAACAACAAUUCCAGCAGCGAUUCCGAUGAUGAUAGCACUGUAAACCUGCAGCUCAGUGCUUUGCGCGCCACACUAAAAGCGGAGGCAACUCUGGAGGAUAGGAAACCAGUAAAACUGGAGCUUCAGUUGCCCGAUGACGACCAGGCGGGGCCACACCACUCACGGAUGGCUCCAGCGCCGAGAGAGGAUAACGAACCGGGUUGCAGUGCACCGAAACGGCGACGCAGUUGCAGCCACAGCAAUCAGUCCAGCCAGAGUGCCAGUUUGGCCAGCAGUUCGACAGCCACCUCGGGCUCAGCUCCAAUAAGUUCGUUUGCCUGGAGAGUAGCGGGCUAUUCCGGCGAUCCCCUAAUGCGCGGCCAUCCGGCGAUUGAGGAGCACGACAUAGCCAACUCCCUAAUCGAACUGUCCACUCUAACGCAGCCUGUGGACGUCGGACUCUUCAACGAGCAUUCUAAUUCGGCAGAUAAUUCCAUAGGCAUGCUGCGCAACACGUUGUGCGACAGCCCACAAGCUUUGACUGCGGAUGACGCCAAUCUAGAUAACUAUUUCGAUACAGAUGCGGAUCCGGAGGCGGCCAGCCAUGAACGGGAUGCCUAUUUGCUGGAGGCCGCAAUCGAUGUGGUUGGCGAAGCAGAGUUGGAAACCGCGGAGGAUACAGCCACUGCCACCGAAGAACAAGAUGAGGAGGAUGAAGAGGAUGAAGAUCAAGAGGAAGACGACCAGGAAGAGGAAAAAGCUGCGGAUGAAGAAGAGGAAGAGGAGGAGGAGGAGGACGACGAUGAUAGCGACAACCACGAUGAAAACGAGGAGAAUCGGGGGCUACUGGCGUAUCUAGCAUAAGCCACUGAUUUUGAUUUUCAUUUAAGUUGCUAGUUUAAGGGAAUGUUUAACUGGUUUCCGUAUUGUCUUGUUCCGAUUCCUGAAAUCCCCAAACCCCUUAACAUAAUACUUGUAAUUGUAAUUGCUAUGUAACUGAUGUAUUCUAGGCCUAAGAUUGCCAUUUUAAGUUGUACAUAUAUAAACACCAAUAAUAAUAAUAAUAAUAAUAAUAAUAAUAAUAUCUAUUAUGUUUACACACCCAUCCAUGUCUUACAUACAUAUAUACCCCCCUCGCAAGACGCAUUCUGUAUCCUCCUGAAGAACAUCGAUUGUAAAUGUAUUCACUUAGGUUAGCCGCAGCUAUAACUAACUAACUAUAAACAAUGACAACUAACUUUACUAUCGUAGCUUUUAAAUCGUAGAACUAGCGCUGAUCAUGUAUGACGAGGGUGUUAAUGUUUUUUGCAUAGGUGGGCGUGGCCAGUUAUGAAUUUUAGUGAACUCAACAUACAUACAAUGAACAAAAGAUAUCUGUAAUACGAAUCAAAUACAUAAUAAAUGUAAAGAUUAAAUGUAAA